AUGCAUCGAUCAGCAGCGAGAUGCAGAGCAUGUCGUUUUUCCUUCCUAGAUGCAUUUACUUCUCUCGUUGGCAUUUCAAUCCCAGCCCAAGCAUCCCGACCUCGACCUCGACUCCCUCAGCCUCGAAUCCAACCAUGCCAAAGAUUCAGCGCCUUCUCGCUGCUGAGACAAUCCUCUCUCCGAUCCACAGAUGAACCACCCCCGCAAUCUUCAAUCCCUUGGUAUUUGCAAAUCGAGGAGCCUACGCCUCCGGCUCCAAUCUCUCCCAUCCUCGCUCUACAAGAAAUCCCCCCUCUCCCUCCUAACUCACCUGCCAUCCUAUCCUCGGUCCUCGAACAUCUCUCAACGCAGAUCGGACUCGACAACCUGGUCCUCUUGGACCUGCGCCACCUCGACCCUCCACCUGCAUUGGGCGCGAAUUUACUCAUGAUCAUCGGCACGGCGCGCAGUGUCAAACAUUUAAAUGUCUCCGCAGAUCGAUUCUGUCGCUGGGUGCGGAAGGCAUACAAGCUCCGACCAUACGCGGAUGGACUACUGGGACGCAACGAGUUGAAGUUAAAACUGAGACGCAAAGCCAGGAAGCUGGCCCUUGCGCAGAGCGUAGGAAAUACGGUCGCCACACGGAAUGUAGACGAUGGAAUAACUACGGGGUGGAUCUGUGUGAAUAUGGGACCCGUCAACGAAGCAGCUUUGCCAGAGGCACAGAGAGAGGCGAAGAUUUCUCGCGAAGAAGAAAGACAGGCUAUUUCCGACGAAGAUAGGGCAGAGGACGAAGAGGAAUACGAGAACCCGGACGACGAUUAUGUUGGGUUCGGUAGCCGGACGAAUUCACCCCGGAUUGUGGUACAGAUGUUCACAGAAGACAAGCGACUUGAGAUGGACCUGGAAGGACUUUGGGAUGUGCGAAACACCAGGCGAGCAAAACGGGACAAAAAGGCCAAUGUCGAAGCAACGGAAGCGGUGGAGAGGAAGAAGCUUCGCGAACAGCAGGACGUGGUUGAUGCCGAAGACGAGGCUGAAGCCAGCAUUGAAAAUAGGUCGGAGGCGCCCAACCGAUUCGAUGAAGCUCGCCCGUUGGGUUCCAACUAA